AUGGCUGACACCGCAGAGGGUCAUACUGCCAUCCAGAGGAACCUGGACAGGCUGGAGAAGUGGGCUGACAGGAGCCUCAGGAAGUUCAACAAGGAGUACAAAGUCCUGCACCUGGGAAGCAACAACUCCAUGCACCAGUACAUGCUGUGGGCCACAGAGCUGGAAAGCAGUUUUGCAGAAAACGACCUGGGGGUACUGGUGGACACGAAGUUGAACAUGAGCCAGAAAUGUGCCCUUGCCACAAAAGUGGCUAACGCUAUCCCGGGCUGCAUUAGUCAAAGCAUUGCCACCAAGCGGAGGGAGGGUGAAUUGUUAAAUCCUUGCCGCUGCGAUGGGUCAGUACGAUACACACAUCAGCUUUGCCUGUUAAAGUGGAUAAGUGAAAGAGGGUCAUGGACCUGUGAACUCUGCUGUUACAGAUACCAUGUUAUAGCAAUUAAAAUGAAGAAGCCUUGCCAGUGGCAAAGCAUUACUAUAACACUGGUUGAGAAAGUGCAGAUGGUUGCUGUAAUCCUAGGAUCUCUGUUCUUAGUAGCAAGUGUGACUUGGCUUCUAUGGUCAGCCUUCAGCCCUUAUGCAGUAUGGCAAAGAAAGGACAUCCUUUUUCAAAUCUGCUAUGGAAUGUAUGGUUUUAUGGAUCUAGUAUGCAUAGGACUGAUAGUACAUGAAGGUGCAUCUGUUUAUCGAGUGUUUAAGCGCUGGAGGGCUGUGAAUCUACACUGGGAUGUGUUAAAUUAUGAUAAAGCCACAGACAUAGAGGAGAGCAAAGGAGGAGAACUCAGCAGAGCAGGAAGGACAUUGUGGUUACCGCUGACUGCAUUUAGAAACAGAAGUUUAGUUCAUCCAACACAGUUAACCUCACCAAGAUUUCAGUGUGGCUACGUAUUGCUACAUCUGUUCAACCGCAUGAGACCUCAGGAAGAUUCAUCAGAAGAAAAUGGCUCUGGGGAAGUAGUGAUGAGAGUGACCUCAGUGUAA